GGGAGGCCAGGGAGGUGUUUUCCAGCUUUAAAAAGGCUGGAAGGCUGAGCGCGGCCCUGCGUCAGAGUGUGACCGACAGGCUCGGAACUGGGCGGCAGAGUCGCUGUGCUAAUCCGAUCCGCCCGGCGCAGGCUCCCAGGAGCUGCGCACACCUCCGACCCCAGGGCGAGUCCCGGGCCGCAACCCGGCCUGCCACGCGCGCACCCCCCUAUGCCACCUCCCCGCGGCGCGCGGCGCUGAGCCCGGCCCCGCGCGUGUCGGCGAGGGAGAGGUCCGACUCCAGAGCCCGGCCCGGGCUGCUCGGCUCGCCAGCUCCUGCUCCUCCUGCUGCUGCGCGCCGCCACCGCCGCCACCGCCGCGUGGAUGCCAAGUACCAGCUUUCCAGUCCCUUCCAAGUUUCCACUCGGCCCUCCGGCCGCAGUCUGCGGGAGCGGAGAAACUUUGCGGCCCGCGCCGCCCGCCGGCGGCACCAUGAAGGCUGCGGAGGAAGAACACUACAAUUAUGCAUCCCCCAGCAUCAGCUCAGCUCUGCCCCUUCCCACAGCACAUGCUUCCUUACCAGCACCGUGCCAUGACCUCCAGACGUCCACUCCAGGCAUCUCAGCUGUUCCUUCAGCAAAUCACCCUCCAAGUUAUGGCAGGGCUGUGGACAGUGGGCCCUCAGGGUACUUUCUGUCAUCUGGCAACACUCGGCCCAAUGGGGCCCCAGCUCUGGAAAGCCCUCGAAUAGAGAUUACCUCUUACCUGGGCCUGCACCACAGCAGCAGCCAGUUUUUCCAUGAUGUGGAGGUGGAAGACGUGCUUCCUAGUUGCAAGCGGUCACCAUCCACAGCUACCUUGCACCUGCCCAGCCUGGAGGCCUACAGAGACCCCUCCUGCCUGAGCCCAGCCAGCAGCCUAUCCUCCAGGAGCUGCAAUUCCGAGGCCUCCUCUUACGAGUCUAAUUAUUCAUACCCAUAUGCAUCCCCCCAGACUUCCCCAUGGCAGUCACCCUGUGUGUCCCCCAAGACCACGGACCCAGAGGAGGGCUUUCCCCGAGGCCUGGGUGCCUGCCACCUGCUGGGCUCCCCAAGGCACUCCCCAUCCACCUCUCCCCGUGCGAGUGUCACAGAGGAGAGCUGGCUGGGGGCCCGCAGCUCCCGGCCCACAUCCCCCUGCAACAAGCGCAAGUACAGCCUCAAUGGGAGGCAGACCUCCUGCUCACCCCAUCACUCACCGACACCAUCCCCCCACGGCUCCCCUCGGGUCAGUGUAACCGAAGACACCUGGCUUGGCAACACCACCCAGUACACCAGCUCAGCCAUCGUGGCAGCCAUCAAUGCCCUGACCACCGACAGCAGCCUGGACCUGAGUGACGGUGUCCCCAUCAAGUCUCGAAAGACAGCUCUGGAGCAUGUACCCUCAGUGGCCCUCAAGGUGGAACCAGCUGGGGAGGACCUGGGCACCACUCCACCCACCUCUGACUUCCCACCCGAAGAGUUCACCUUCCAGCACCUUCGGAAAGGUGCCUUUUGUGAGCAGUACCUGUCAGUGCCGCAGGCCCCUUACCAAUGGGCAAAGCCCAAGACGCUAUCUCCUACAUCAUACAUGAGCCCAUCUUUACCUGCCCUCGACUGGCAGCUGCCAUCUCACUCUGGUCCCUAUGAACUGCGGAUUGAGGUACAGCCCAAGUCCCAUCACAGAGCUCACUAUGAGACAGAAGGCAGCCGGGGGGCCGUGAAAGCAUCAGCUGGAGGACACCCCAUUGUGCAGCUACAUGGUUACUUGGAAAAUGAACCGCUCACGCUACAGCUGUUCAUUGGGACAGCAGAUGACCGCCUGCUACGGCCCCAUGCCUUCUACCAGGUCCACAGGAUCACGGGGAAGACCGUCUCUACCACCAGCCAUGAGGCCAUCCUGUCCAACACCAAAGUCCUGGAGAUCCCACUGCUCCCAGAAAAUAACAUGCGAGCCAUCAUUGACUGUGCUGGGAUCCUGAAGCUCAGAAAUUCAGACAUCGAGCUGCGGAAAGGGGAAACAGACAUCGGGAGGAAGAACACCAGAGUGCGGCUGGUAUUCCGGGUCCACAUCCCACAACCCAAUGGCCGAACACUGUCUCUCCAGGUUGCCUCAAACCCUAUCGAAUGCUCCCAGCGGUCGGCCCAGGAGCUGCCCCUUGUGGAGAAGCAGAGCACCGACAGCUACCCAGUCAUUGGUGGAAAGAAGAUGGUCCUAUCUGGCCAUAACUUUCUGCAAGACUCUAAGGUCGUUUUCGUGGAGAAGGCUCCAGAUGGCCACCACGUCUGGGAGAUGGAAGCAAAAACUGACCGAGACCUGUGCAAGCCAAAUUCCCUGGUGGUUGAAAUACCACCUUUCCGAAACCAGAGAAUAACCAGCCCUGUCCAAGUCAGUUUCUAUGUCUGCAACGGGAAGCGGAAGAGAAGCCAGUACCAGCAUUUCACCUACCUUCCUGCCAAUGUUCCAAUUAUAAAGACAGAACCCACGGAUGACUUUGAGCCAGCCCUGACCUGUGGACCAAUGAGCCAGGGACUUAGUUCUUUCCCGAGGCCCUACUAUAGCCAACAGCUCACUAUGCCUCCGGACCCCAGCUCCUGCCUCGUGGCUGGCUUUUCUCCAUGCUCACAGAGGAGUACACUGAUGUCCACAUCUCCCAACACGAGUCCAAAGCUCCAGGACCUCUCCUCUGCUGCCUACACCAAGGGCCUCACCAGCCCAGGCCAUAGUGGUCACCUUGGACUUCAGCCACCGGCUGCGGAGGCCCCCGCCAUGCAGGAAGUGCCGAGACCCAUGGCCAUGCAGCCCAGCUCACCGGAGCAGCCCCCGCCAGCCCUGCUGCAGCCGCAGGUGAGUCCACAUCUGAGCAGUAGCUGUUCCCUUGGUUGCCAACAAGCGCUCUGUCCCAACAGCCCCUCUUCUCCACUUCCAUCCGCUGCCCACGAACCAACCUGCUUGCAGUCCUCAGCCCACUCUCCCACCAUGGGCCACCAGCAGCACCAACUGCAGAAGGUUCAAAGAAAUGAGUCUCCAGCCGCCGGGCCACUGUCACUGCCAGAGGUGCGUGAGAACAGUGAUCAUAAUUUGGCCCCUAUUCCUGUAGCGAUCAAGCGAGAGCCUGAAGAGUUGGACCAGUUAUACCUGGACGAUGUAAAUGAAAUCAUACGCAAUGACCUCUCCAGCGCAAACCCCCACUCCUAAAUCGGCACAUUGGAGCUGGCAGAAGCUGUGUAGAGUGGGCUCAGCGCAGUCAACUGGGCUUCAGCAAGGGAGACUUUUGACGAAAUAAACUGAAUCCACAUCUGGUACCACUCAGACCUUCCAACUUACUGGAUGCUAGGAGCUGAAGACUUACACCUUAUGUACAAAGUAGCACCUCUCUAACAAGGAGGGAGGGGGAAGAGAGGGAAGCCACCACAUCUUCUGUAAGAAAAGCCAUCUCAAGGAAGGAGAAGGGCUGACCAGUGAGGCCAGGUACAGAUGCUGGCUCUUGAAAGAAGGACCUGUGUGGCAGGCUGACCCCAAGCCUAAUCCUCCUGCCCACUGGAUUACAAAACUGGAAGUGCCUUAUUUAAUCAGACCACCACACCAGGGCAUUGUGGAAGUGAGCUUUGAAUUUGCUACCAUGAGAGUAUUUGUAGGAGCCAAAGCUAUUAAAAAUACUUUGUUAUCCUUUGUAUAAAUUGAUAAGAAUUCUGGCAAGCUUCUAGGGCUUCCUACUUAUUUCCAACUUUCCUGGCUAUCCUACACAAUUUUGCUGCCUUAUCCAGUGAGUUUUAGAGGUCUUCCAAUCUGUCAUCUUGGCUCUUUCAUGAUCAACUCCCUCUUCUGUGUGACUAAAACCCUAAGUUUGUUAAUACUAGCAUGUUGGAAUUUUUGUUUUUAAUCUGGCUUCAAACAUAGCACAAGGAAGUUGAACAGCACAAAACAGAGUCCUGGACAAAACAAAACCUGCCUGCCACAGGACAGACCUUGUGUUUGCAUGCAUGUACAUACAAGCAUAUAUUUAUGUAUUGAUAUUCAAUGGCGGCGAUGGUAAUGACCAGUCUGUGCCCAGCAGGGGCUUCCACUUAGCAAUAACCAGUGUCCACUCUGAGAAUUCACCUGAGUCCAGACCUGAUUUUCCAGCACCUUCCAUCAGGGUCUGUCACCCCUGGACAAGCAGGCGGCAUUUUCUUAUCUCAUGUAGUUGCAGAGCACUUUAGAAUGCUGUAGAGUUGCACUUAAAAGCCUGUAGGCUGCCAAAUGGCAAAAUCAGAUAGUAGGUGGAAAUAACCAUUACAAAAAGAGUGUAAUAUAUUUGUUCAAUUGUAAGAUUAUUAUUUCACAGAAGCCUUAUAGCUCUCUGCUUCAUCUAAGAAAACAAUUACCAAAAACAACGUUUCCAUAUGCAGUCUGUGGAUAGUAUUUUCAGAUUAGUUGCCGUUAACAGAUAGGCUGGUGUCAGCUUUACUGCUAUGUUUUGUACAAUUAGCUGCUUAUUACAGUUACUAGCAGUGACCUAUUAUUUCAUAUAACCAAAAAAGCAUGGUUUAAUUAAAACAUGUUUAAUGACUGUGCCUUAGGAGUUGAUGCCCCCUUAUGGAACUUGCCUGAAUUGCACCUGUGGGUAGAGGUAAGUUAGUCAGAGUCAUGACAGGAAAAGCUCUCUCACAGGAAGAUGCGUCUUUAAAAUGUUCAUCUGUUACGACUACAUCUUUCUCUAACUCACAGAAGGAAACAAAUGUCUGAAAGCCAUAUUGAACGUUUGCACACGACUGUGAAGAGCUGACGUGCACCGCCUUGUACAUAGGUAGUUCCUGGCCGCCUGUAGGCUGCCUCUUGCCUGCAUAUAGUAUGUA